AUGCAAGCGCACCUCGCACAGCUGACUGCGGCAGCGCCAUCGACUGAAACGGCAGCCUGGCCACCCAUGCAUCAUUAUGAUAUUUGGAGCGCCGAUUUGAAAGCGUUGACAAGCGAUACGGAAGUUGCUCAGCGAGCAGAGACAGCAUCUGUCUCAGAGCUAAAUGAGCCGUUCGAAACUAACGAUGAUGACUUGCUUUUAAACAAUCUGAACGAUCUACAGGAGAAUGAAUACAGCGCCAAGUUGGCCCAAAGCAUUGGCUGGCAGAAUCAAACGACCAUACCAACCAUGAGCAGCAGAAGUACUAGGCGUGGUAAAGUGAUCCACUUGUUUCCGGUUCCCGUGGAUGGCGAGUGUUUGUCCGACGAUGGGCGUCGUCUGGGCAACUGUUUCAACGCCUACGAGUGCAGACAGAAAGGCGGCACGGCAAAAGGUGAAUGCGCGAUGGGCUUUGGUGUCUGCUGCGUGUUUGUUGCCAAUUGCAACGAGACCAUUACCAACAACAUAACGUACAUUGUGUCGCCAAACUUUCCCAGCUUCAUGCCCAGCAACUUCACCGGCUGCAGCCUGAAGGUGAAAAUGAUGAGUGAGGACAUAAGCCAGUUGCGGAUAGACUUUUAUCACUUCUCGCUGGGUCAGCCAAAUCGACGGACGGGCGUAUGCGAUGGUGAUGUCUUCAAUAUUAGCGGUGGACCCAGCGGAUCGUUUUCGCUGUGUGGCCAAAAUAGUGGACAACAUUUGUACUAUGAUGUUGGGAGUCGUGCCCUGCCGCGUCAAUCACAGCUUUAUGGCAGUCUUCGCCCUCUCAGCUAUGCACAACUAUAUGGAAAUCUAACCAAUGGCAAUAGCAGCGCGGCGGAUCAGUUAAUCGACAUAAAUCUAAACUUUUCGAAUCGCUUUUUGCCGAUACGCCUAUGGGAGAUACGUGUGGCGCAGAUCCCCUUCAGCCAGCGAGCGCCGGCUGGAUGUCUUCAAUAUCACACCGGUGUGGAGGGUAUUAUGCAAACGUUUAAUUUUGCCGACAACGGACGGCAUCUGGCCAAUCAACAUUAUCGCAUCUGUGUGCGCCAGGAGACGGAUAUGUGUUCUAUAAUGUAUCAGCCGUGCGACGAGCAAUCAUUCCGCAUAGGCGGAGGCGGUGCAGUGAGAAUGGGUGCAGCUGCAAGUCCAACUGCUGGCGCAAUUAUGAAUGGCGGAGGACAAGGGGGCGCGGCUGCUGGCGGACCAAAUGGUAUGCCUGCCAUGAAUGGAGUCGUCAAUAGCGACAUGGCCACUACACCUGCUUCUGUGCAGGCUGACGAUGCAGCAAGCACUACAGGAACCACUAUGUCCACAAGCACCAUCCAGUUGACAAGCGACAGCAGCUCCUCUGCCUCCACUGCGAUGCCAACAAUGGCAAGCUCCGAUGCCAGUAGUAGCAGCAGCAGCGCAACGACAAUGAACGUUACCACAGCGGCACCACAACGAUCCAGCACCGUGGCUGCCAUGGAGGAGGAAAGCAGUACAGCAGCAUCCACUACCGAUACGCCUUCAUCCUCACCAGUAAACGACGAUGUGGAGGGCUCCGGCGAUGAUGGAAAUGAUGGUGGGUUUAAUCUAUUUGGCGGAGCGUCUCCCACAACAGCUGCUCCACCGGGCGUCUCACGACGUCCGCGCCCAGUCGGCGGUGCAGGUGGUGGCAGUGGAGGAUUCGAUUUGCUAGGCUUUCUGCGCAGUGCCUUUGACUUGCGGCUACGACAUCGGCGCCGCCGUCAGUCCCGGCAGUUCUUUAGCACCUGCAGAGAUCGCAUUACCAUGCCGUGCAUAAUCGAGGAUUUCAUUGGUACGGGCCUGGGACCAUUGCCUGGCUGCGAACCCGUGCAUUGUGGCGCACAGUUUUGCUCCUCAGGUGUAUGGCCCUGUCGCAUCGAGUCAACCGUCACGCCCUUUUACAUAGGCGUUCAUUUUGGUAACGAUGCCGAGGGCAAGGGCAGUCCAGAGGACAAUAUUGGCGCUUGUCUACGUUACGCGCAAGUCCAGUGCAUGUGA